CUUAGGCCCGAGCGUCAAUGACUCCGCCAAAGCGACAUAAACCACCAUCCACCAAGUGUCACUAGUCCAACUUCUCAAGAACCAUACUUAAUCUCGCCAAGUGCCUACUGGGGUCUUUCUCCUGCUACCCUCUUCCUUUCCCCGGUGAAACCUGAAUAGCGCCAGACUGCUCUCCGGCCAUGGCGUCUGUGACACUUGAAAGCCUUCCGGUGGAGUUGAUCGAGGAAAUUGUGGCUUGGCUAGACUUCCACGAUCACUGCGCUCUGCGUCUGACUAAACGCACCAUCUCCGUCAAAUCGUCUAAUGCUGCAUUUCGGAAAUAUUUCCUUUCCAAGAAAUUGGAAAUCGCGGAGGCCCCGCUUGAGCAGUUUGUUGGGGUUACCCAGCCAGGACGGUUCGGGCUUUGGGUGCAGGAUCUCACUUUGUAUACGUCUAUUGCCCUCCACACUGAAGAAGUGCCCCCUGUUAGCCCCAGAGUGCUUGAGUUACUGGCGCAAGGGUUUGCAAAUAUGCAUAAUAACUCACCGCACGAUGAGCUUUUAUCAAUUACCCUCAAGGUUUUCGGGAACGGCUAUCUGGGAGCUCUCACCGACAGAGUGUUUCAAGUGACAAUGUCAGCCCUCAAAAAUUCUGGGCUGCCUAUUCGGUCACUUGAUGCCUUUGCAGGUGGCUAUUCUCACACAUAUGGGGGGCGUUGUAGCUUCCCUUUCGGCGAGAUCCCCGCUGUAUUCGGCGGCAGCACGGCGGACUUGACAAGGCUGGCGGCAGCAUUCCAACCAUGCAAGAAGAUAGGACUAAGCCUGGCGCACCACAUACAUAAGAUAGAUUUCCUUAGACCCCGGGAAUCCCCUUUAAGGCCAGAGGACGAUUUCGAGUUACCGCCGAGCUACGAAGAAGCCCGGGAAAACACCCGAUCACUCGCACACCUUUUGAGCCUUUGUCCUAAUCUCGAGGAACUGCACCUGGUAUGGGAGUAUGAUGAAUUCGACGAGACGGCCGGGGUGAGGGAGGAAUUAUACUUCUUCAAUCGGGUAGUAGAAUCUUGCCAAUUCCAGGGCUUGAAGAAGUGUACCUUGUGCGACACUCGAAUGUCUGAAGCUACGCUCAUGACUUUUUUUCGUCAGCUUACUCGGCUGGUGCACUUGGACUUGAGGCUGAUUCAUGUUGACGGUCACUUCGACGGUCUAUUCAGACUCUUGUCUACGGCGAUGCCAGAGCUGAGUUACUUGCGUCUCCAGUACCUUUACUCCUCCUCUGGAACCAUUUACUUCCCACGUGAGCCGCGAGAUAAUGCUGCGAGAUCCCCAUUGCGUCGGUCAGCACAAAGAUUGAUCCGGAGGGGUGUCAACGCUAGGAGGCCAGUCAUUACUAGGAUUAGGUGAUGGAAGGCCUCAAUCACGAUGGAUGAGUUAUUAUAUACUUCGAAAGACGACAGACAUAUCAACUUCCUUGCCAGCCGGUAUCCGCUCCACAGCGAAAUGUGAGUCCCUCAGUUGAUCGCAUAUGAGCGAUCGGCCAGUUCUUAGC